AGCAACUAACCGUUUCUUACCAUUUCAGUUGAAAUUAAAUCCUCAAAAAUGAAAUUCUUCAUCGUUGCUCUGGCCCUGCUCGCCGUGGCUGCUGCCCAAGACGACAAGUACACCACCAAGUACGAUAGCGUCGAUAUCGAUGAGAUCCUCAAGUCGGACCGUCUGUUCAAGAACUACUACAACUGCUUGAUGGAUAUGGGAGCCUGUACCCCAGAGGGCAAUGAGCUGAAGCGUGUCCUGCCCGAUGCCCUGGAAAACGAUUGUUCCAAGUGUAGUGAGAAGCAGAAUGAGUCCAGCACCAAGACCAUCAAGUUCCUGACCGAGAACCGCCCGGAGGAAUGGAAGGCCCUUAAGGCCAAGUACGACCCAGAGAACAAGUAUGUCGAGAAGAACGUGGCCAAGGCCGAGAAGGAUGGAAUCAAGCUGUAAAUUGGAAUGAUCCCUGUUGUAAAUUGCACUCAACUAACCGCGCUUUCGAUCUGUUGUAGUUCUGUAGAUUCCGGCAUUGUGAUAUUAUACGGAUUCCAGUAACU